AUGGCAUCAGAUGGAGAAGCUCUGACAGUAAGUUAAGCAAUAAGGAGAUCAGGUAAUAGGCCUACACAGUAAUGUUUAUUUUUUUAUGUAUCACUAAAUCAUUAAUGCAACUUUAUUCCAUCAGUGGGUCAUAUGUGUCAUUUCAAUAGCUUCCUGUCAUGGAGUGGAGCCCUUAUCAUUCCCUUUUCUCAGUCUCUUAUCACACAGAAUUGCACUGCAGUGACAGGGUAUUUCAAUGGAGCAUCCACCUCCUCCACCACCACCAGGACCACCCCCACCUACAGCUGCCUCGGGGCCAAGCAAGAAGAAGCUGUACCAGGCCAUAGCGGCAGGAAAGACCCCUGUCGAGGGGGAUCAUGCAGAGGCUCGGUUGCUGCUCUGUCAGAGGGAGAGUAGGUGAGGCAAGCUGUCUACAGAAAACAGAAGUUAUCAGACAAGCGUUGCAGCUAAAGCCUAUUCAGGAUCUCCAACAUGGUGGUUGGAAAACCACUGAAAUAGUUCUGCAGUUAGCCUAGCGGUUAAGAGUGUUGGGCCAGUAACUGAAAAGUUGCUGGUUUGAAUUCCAAAGCCGACUAGGUGAAAAAUCUGUCUAUGUGCCCUUGAGCAAGGCACUUAACCCGUAAUUGCUCCUGUAAGUCACUCUGGAUAAGAGCGUCAGCUAAAUGACUAAAAUGUAAAAUGUCCUACAGAUUAUGGAAUGGGGUCAUCAGUCGCACAUUGGGUAACACUCUCCACCUUUAUAAUCAGUGCACUGGGGUGGGGGUGUUCUGCACCUGGGCAUUCAGUUUAGAACAGUUUCUGUCCAUGAAAGCAGCACUGUAGUGAUUCUGUGGGAGUUGCAACAACAAAUAGAACACAAAUGCAAGAAAAGAGAGGACGCGCUGAGCUAUCCCACCAAGACCAAGCUACAGUACAUACUAUUGGGAUAUAUGCAUUGUUCAAUAACUCAUUUGUUACCAGGUGGCAGUAAGAAAGUCUGUUUUGUGGUGUGGCUGACUGUUUACUGGUUGACAUAGUUUUAGGAAGGACCUGCACUGGAUGCUGUUGAACAAGUAUGUGCCUUCCCUCAUCCAAGACGGCCCACAGUAAGUCACGUGAAGCUUUAUUUAGGCUUUUCAAAAUGGAGCCUUCCUCCAUUGAAGUAAUCACUGAUCUAAUACGUGUGAAUUAAUCUUCCUUCCCUAAUCUGAUGUCUCUUGUUUGUAGUUUUGUCAUUAAAGGUCAUGUUAUACUUCCUAAGGUACGUACCGCUGCCUGAGGUGUGUGUGUUUUUACCUGUAGAUGUGGUCUGGUGGCUCUAUGGAUGGCAGGUCACCUACGACAGCCCCCUCUGAGUGUUUCCAUGGAGACCAUAGUCCAGACAGCGAUGGACAGGGGCUACACAGCGCAGGGGGAGAUGUUCUCGGGUAAUGCUUUAGUCAUCUAUGCUGCAUACUCUCAACAACACCAGCGGAGCUAUACUCUAUUAGUGAGACUAAUGUGUGUGUGUGUGUGUGUGUGUGUGUGUGUGUGAUUCAGCUAGAGACAUGGCCAUGCUUGCAGAGGAGGUGUGUGAGUGCAGGGCUGAGCUCCUGUCAGGAGGGAUGACUGGAGACAACUCUACAGCUGUCCUGAAACACCUGGCUGACGGGCAACCCGUCCUCAUCCCGGAUCCUUUAUACUCUCUCACAUUCAGGCUGUUCGAAAGGACCCAUCUGCUCUAGUUAGUCUGUCUCAGGUAGUGGUAGUUAGGUACUGAUAGAUGGUGGUGUUCUUAAGGUAACCUAGUGGUAAUUAUUAGGUUGUUACCAUGCAUUUGACCAUUUUACAACAACAUUUCUUAAGUAAUAGCUGUUACCGCAAAUAUUUAUUAUACAAUAUAUGAGUAAUGUGAUGUGUACUGUAUGUGUUUGAGGUCUUUGACUGCAUAAACACAGAUAUGACGAGGACUUCAACCAUGAGCCAUGCCAACGCAGCGGACACAGGGCACACUGGGCAGUGGCCUCAGGUUAGACUGGAGCUCCUUGACUGCAACACACACGCACGACCCAUGUCUUGACAUUUGACCCUUCCUAUAACCUCUCUAUCUCUCCCAGGUGUCUUGUUGGGUCUGGACCAGGACAGCGUGAGCAGAGAGCACACCCAACCUGACCCCACCCUGCCCUGGCUACUCCUGCCACAGGACAGCCCCUCAUGCCCAUGCCCCUGUCCCACAGUGGGGGCAAGAGAAGCUUACAUCCUGGCCAAGCAGGGUAAGAGCCUGCGCUACCAGCUGUGGAGCCUGGACAAGGUAGCCCAAAGCAAUGCCCAGCUGAGGGAGAUAGAUCCCCAGAGGGCUGGGGACAGUACCCAGUACGUGGUGCCCAAGGGAGGGGUGGAGGUUGGGCUGGCAGGCCAGGUCGUGUUGCUCCACACUGGGGGGCAGACUCAGUGA